AUGGCUACUACGGGUACUACGAUUUCUAUGCUUACUAUGGCUGUCGACUGGAUUAAAGCUGAAGUCAAACUGUUUACCAAAUCAUUUCAAUUGGAGACAGUCAAUUGGAGAAACAAACAGAUUAAACGGUUACAACGUAAACGUAACAAAAUCCUUCGGCAUCAGAAACAUCGUGGUAUAGUGGAUUGGACAUUACCCAUAGUAGAGAAACAAUUGGGAGCUUUGCAAGAGGAAGCUGCUGAAAUAGACGCUCUGAGAGCGGGAAAGCGUUGGCGAGAAAAAGGCGAGAAAAAGGCGAGAAGCGAUCUACGAGAUCCUGUCAGUGGUGAACUUUGUGAAGAUCAAGAGGCUAAAGAGAAAAUAGUACAACAAUUCUAUUCUAAAUUACAUACUCCGGGCCCUCCCAAUUACCAUGCUAUGAACAGAUUGAUUGCUAAAAUUCCUAACAAUGUGAAAUUGAAUGAUAGUCAAAGAGACACCAUGAUGCUGAGUAUUUCUAUGAAUGAAAUAUUGAAGAAUCCAAGUGAACUCCAAGACAAAGUAGCCCUGGCACCGAUGGUCGUCCAUAUGAAAUUUUGA